GGGGGAUCUCAGGAUGCCAGCCUGACUCGCAUCGGCUCCGCCUCCCAGGAUCAAAGUGCCAAGCUGGGACAAGGACGCUGUCGCAAAUGUCGCUCUGGAAAUAGGUCUCCGCGAUAUCACGAUCCGGCGUGCCCACCGCUGUGUCACUCCCCUGCGCGCCCGGGUCCCCUCGUGGGUCACCCAGCGCCGGGGGAGAGGCCGACGUUUACGCAUAUCUACUGCGGCAUGCCCCGUGAGGUGUGGCCUUCCUGGCCUGAAUUUUUUCUUGUUUUUCUUUUUCUUUUCUUCGACAAUAAUCGGUGACGAAGAGAAUAAUGCGUACUAAGGGGGAGAACACACACACGCCGGCAGCAUCACAGAUAUCCACAUCCCACGCUGGCGAUCUGCUGGCAGCAUGGCGUACGAUCCGGUGGUCGCUUCGGUAACGCUCACGGGCAGCUUGCUGUCCUUAGUCGCAUCAACAUGCGUCCUCAUCUCGUUCACUGUAUACCACAAGGAGCAGCGGUCCUUCAGACACGCCCUCAUCCUUAACCUGACACUAGCCGAGUUCAUAAACUCGCUCGACAACUCGAUAUCGGGCAUCAUCUACAUGCGCGGCCGCGAGCUCUUCCCGGGCGCGUCCUGUGUCGUCAACGGCCUGGUGGGCCAGAUCUCGGUGCAGGCCGUCGACUUCAGCAUCCUCGCCAUCGCCGUCGUCACGCUCCUGACGGUGACGCGCACCACCUUCAUGCCGGGCGUCUCGCGCCUGAGAAAGAUCCUCGUGUGCCUGUCCGUCUGGGUCGUGCCGCUGACGACGGGCCUGACGGCGACCGCCAUGGGCGCCAUGACGCCCGUCGGCACCAACUGGUGCUGGAUCACGGCCGCGAGACCCGACCUGCGCUACGCCCUCACGCACGGCUGGCGCUUCGCCAUCAUCUUUGGCACCGUCGCCAUCUACCUGUACAUCUGGUACUACCUCCGCAACCACUUCCGGUCCAUGGGGAUGGCCCUCAAGACGGGCUGGUCGCAGCUCUCGGCCGCGGGGCAGCAGACGGGCGGUAGCGGCAACAACAACAACAACAACAACAACAACAACAACAAUUACCCGGGCGCGCUGGGGGUGCUCGGCCCCUUCCAAACAGAUGAGCAGGGCGGGAAGGAGAAGGAGGAGGGGGCGUCAGUGGAGACGGUCGAGAACAGGCAGAGGCAGGACAGCCUGGCGCGGGGGCGGACCGACUCGCUGAAGCCGCUCGCCCUCCCGCCGGCGGCGGCCAGGAUGGAGAGCAGGGGCGGGCUCGGCAUGUCGUUCUACAACGACAACCGCAGCAGCCUGGGCGAGGAGUACGAGGACCGGGAGGGGCUCCUGACGCCGAUCGAGAGGGAAAGGCUCGCGGACGAGGAGCUGGCGAGGAAGCAGCGGCUGCAGGCCAGGGCCGGCAGCAAGCCCGGCGCACUCACGUGGGACCCCAGGAUUCCCAACACGCCGCUAGGCUCGGCCCCCCACACCCCGAACGGCACCCACACCAUCCGGAUCGGCUUCGCCGUCACCACCGAUAGCCCGCAGCUGUCCCCCCGGGGAAGCCGGCCGGCGAGGCCCGAGCCCGCGCACAGGCGCAGCGUGUCAGACGCGAGCGGCCUCGCCGCCGCCGCCGCCGCCGCCGACCCCGCACAACAGCAGAGCCACAUGAGGAACGCGUCCGACUCGACCCUGCUCACCGACGACAGCCGCGCGUCCGUGGGGUCCACGUACAGCCUGUUCCCCAACGCAAAGACCAGCGCGACCCGGCGGUCCGGCCCGGCCGAGGGCUUCGGGCCCUCGGCGCCACAGCCGCAGCACCAAGACGAAGCGCACGGCAAGGGCGCGGCGGCGGCGGCAGCGGAGGACUCGAGCAGGGAGUGGCCGUCGGUGUUGCCGUGGAAGUCGCAGGCCACGGGGGCGGCGGCGCCGUCGCGGCGCCCGACCAACGUCAGCGAGUUCCCUAUGCGGCAGGAGAAGCGGCACGUAGACCGCGAGGUGCAGCGCAUGCUGCUCCUCAACGCGUACCCGAUCCUCUACGUCCUGCUCUGGAUACCCGGGCUCAUCAACCGCCUCAUGGAGGCGGCCGGCCACCCGCUCACGGGCCGCGCGGCCCAGGCGCUGCAGAGCUCGAGCCAGUACAUCGGCCUGGCCAACGCGCUGACCUACGGGUUCAACCGCCACAUCCGGCACAGGAUCACGGGCGACCUGCUCCAGAAGCUGAGGCUUGAGAGCGUCAAGGAGAUAAUAAGCCCGAGACCGAAACAGGUUGGCUGAAAUGCUCUGUGUUGUAUUACUUGUUUCUUUUGGUCGGGGAACGGAAAUUUUUGCGAGCCUACGUUCAAGUGUGCCUUCGGCUUGUAUAGUGAGUGCACUUGGCGUUGUCUUGGGUAGCCCAGCAUUGUUGUUUUCUUCCCUUUGUCAUUGAUACCAUAGCGACUGCUUUACACUCUCUAUACUGUACUAACUCUGUCGAUCUUAUUAUUGGGAUCACUCUUUUGCCUGCUUCGAUCGCAUCAACGUGUUAUGAGCGACCUUCGCGGCCCCGCUCGCGCUCCGGGACGGGGUUCGGACAGUGCAUUGGUCGCGAGCUGACUGCAAAGAGGGGAUAAGCCUCGGAUUUAACAAGGGAUGGAGCGAGGAGACCUAGAGAUACGUGGGAAGGUGCCUGGAGCCCUACCCUACCUCCAUAUUGUAUUAAUAAUUUCGAAUGAUAAAUCAUCAAAAACAAAAACAUACAACUGUUCUCUUGAACCCGGCGCAGUCAAGAGCCGCUAGCGGGGCCAAGUGGAUGGAAA